AUGGAGCAACUCGCUCCCCGAUUAGCAAUAGCCGUUUUUCUUGCCGUGGCCGCCGCUGCCACGUGGCACGUUCUAGACAACUUCCUGGUUAUCACCCCUCCGGCGGGAUGCGCGGGACCCGCGGGGUCUCCGCGGGUGGCGGAGUGCUUGACGGAGUUCCGCAGCGCGCGGCGGUCGCUGGGGGUGAUGCCGCAGCAGCAGCAGGACGUCACAGCGGCCAUGCUCGUGCGCGUAGAACAGCAGGGCGCGGACGCGGCAGAGGAGGUGCGCGAGGCGUACUUGGAGCUGCGCGCGGGCACCCGCGGGGACGAUUUGCGCUUCCAGCUGGCGGCGAUCAGGACGAAACUCAGUAACUGCGUUACCGGAUUCGCUGAGUUCGCACCCGGGAUCCUCAAGACAGAACUGGGAACCAUUCUUACGAUGGGAUCGACACAAGUGAAGUCCACUGUAAGCGCCGCCGUCACAAUCGCAUCAGCCUAUAGCGGGUACGGUUCUCCCGCGCAAGGGCAGCAGGUCAAGCGUCAACAGGUGGCGCAAACGGUCGGCAUGCGCGCAGGACAGGCGGGGGCGGGUUUGCGUCCCCCCGUGCAACAACCAGCGGGGUUGCGGCCAUGGCAGGUGCGGCAGGGUGGUCAAACGGCGCAGCCGGGGCUGCGCCCGACACAGGCGGCGCAGAUGGGACAGACGGGCCAAGCGGGGACGACCGCGCAGGCAGGGAAGCUGGGGCAGGCGGCGCAAGGGGGGCAGGCGGGGCUGCGCCCAACACGGGCAGGGCAGUUGGGUCAAGGGGGGAAUGCUGGGCUGCGCCCUACACAGGCGGGGCAGGCGGCGCAAGGGGGGCAGGCGGCGCAAUGGGGGCAGGCGGGGCUGCGUCCAACACAGGCGGGGCACUUGGCGCAAGGGGGGCAGACGGGGCUGCGCCCAACACAGGCUGGGCAGUUGGGACAAAGAGGGCAGGUGGGGCUGCGCCCAACACAAGCGGGGCAAAGGGGGCAGGCGGCGCAAGGGGCGCAGGCGGGGCUGCGCCCAGCACAGGCGGGGCAGGCGGCGCAAGGGGCGCAGGCGGGGCAGCAUCUCGCUGUACAAUAUAGCACGGGACUCCAGCCACAAUCCCCGGCGCAGCCGCAAGCUCGUUACCAGGUACAAGCGCAAUCAGAACAGCUCGCGUGGUCGCAGGUGCAGCCGGUGUAUGAUUAUAACGAGUACGAGUAUGACGACCCGAUAGACGGAGGCAGUGACUACCCCACAGAUUACUAUAGUGGUGCCGCUGCUAGUGGUAAAAGCGAGGAGAAGCGUUGGGAUUACCACGAUCCGACUGACGGUGCUACAGUCGCUGAAACCAAUGCUGCUACUAGUAAAGUGGCUGCUACAGUCGCCGCUAUUGAGGAUGACACAUUGAACAACAGGGACGGCAAUGGAUUGGAUUAUUACGCUGACGCUGCCGACGCUGCUGACUCUGCAGACUUUGCUAACGCUGCUAAUUCUGCUGACUCUGCUGACUUUGCUAACGCUGCUAAUUCUGCUGACUCUGCUGACGCCGCUGACUCUGGUGACUUUGCUGAAAAUGUCGACGCCGCUGUCGAUGCCGAGGCACCUGAUUCCGAUGACCAACAGCGGGAUUUCACAGGCUCGCGAAACCGGCAGCUGCGCGCCACUGACGAUGUUACCCGACAGGCUUCGCUAGAGGGUGGUUACCACAGUAGCAGAGGUGAUCGUGGCGAAAGCGCGGAUGGUUACCACGGUGAGGUUGGCGAAGUGGGCGAAGAAGCGGAUGGUUACCACCACCCGGAGUGGCUGGAGGCGGGGCUGUACGAACAGCUGAAGGAGCUCCAGGCGCGCAUGCGCGGAGAGCACGCGCGCGCGCAGCAGUGGGCGGUCAAACGGCGCAAGAUGCUGGGGCUUCCCGCGGAGACGUGGGGCAGCGACGGCGGGGAAGGGGAAGGGGAAGAGGGAGAGGCGGGGGCGGUGGAUGGGACGAGGAGAAGGGGGUUUGGCGUGGGGCAGUGGCGGAAGCGGAAGAGUCACACGUGGCGGAGGGGGCUACAGGCGCAAGGACUGCAGGCGCAAGGAUUACAGGCGCAAAGGCUACAGGCGCAAGGGCGACCGCCGAAGAGCCUUACUCCCCCUUCCGCCUACCCCCCCUCUAGCCCCCGUUCCGCCCGUCCUCCCCCCAUUCCCGCGCACCGCUCAACGCAGCGCGCGCCGUUCCUCCUAGCAACGACUAUGGGGAAGAAAACCGCGGAACACCUCCCCACCGCGGGGCACCACUCCCCCGGAUCCCUGCACCACGCGCCAGGCACGGGCCCCGCGCAUAGGGAGAAGCAGCCGAACCACUGGGGGGAGGGGAAGGGGCAGGGGGGAGGGGGAGUGACGCGCGGGCACCACACGCACCUGUGGCGGAACGGGCGCAGGGGCGCGCACCACCCCACGGGGGUGGGGCACCACAAGCGGAAACGGAAGGGGGGCGGCGGGAGUGGCGGAGGGUCGGGGGGAGGGGGGAGCGGGAGUAGCGGAGGGUCGGGGGGAAGCGGGGGGAGCGGGAGUGGCGGAGGGUCGGGGGGAGGAGGGGGGAGUGGCAACCGCGGGUCGUUUAAGGCGGAUGCUGUGGUUGGGCCUGGGGAGAAGUACAAUACCGUUGAGGGUGCGUUGGGAGCAGCGCCCAAGGAGGGGCGGUUUGUGAUAGUCAUUCGCAGGGGGACAUACCGCGAAUCCAACACCUUCCCCCUUUCCUUACCCCCCCCACCCUCGCAGGGUGCGUUGGGAGCGGCACCCAAGGAGGGGCGGUUUGGAGCGUUGGGAGCAGCACCUAAAGAGGGGCGGUUUGUGAUAUUCAUUCGUGCGGGCACAUACCAUGAGUCUAUCAUAUUCCGCAACAAGGGGCUCAUCAUGGUGGGGGAGGGCGCGGAUAAAACCAUCAUCACUGGGGAUAAGAGCGCUGGCAGCGGGUCUACUACGUAUCGCUCUGCCACCAUCGGGACAUACCAUGAGUCCAUCAUCUUCCGCAACAAGGGGCUCAUCAUGGUGGGGGAGGGCGCGGACAGAACCAUCAUCACGGGGUCGAAGAGUGCAGGCAGUGGCUCGACCACAUAUCGCUCCGCCACCAUCGGUGAGAAUUCUCUAGUAGUGGCGAGAACCAUCAUCAGCGGGUCGAAGAGUGCUAGCAGUGGCUCAACCACAUACCGCUCUGCCACCAUCGGUGCCAACAAGGAGCGCUUCUGGGCCAACAAGGAGCGCUUCUGGGCCAACAAGGAGCGCUUCUGUGCUUUGGGAAUCCGCUUUGAGAACACAGCCGGGCCGCAGAACCACCAGGCGGUGGCCAUGAGGGCCAGUGGGGACCGUUCUGCUUUCUUUGAAUGUGCCUUCGAGGCCAACCAGGACACUCUAUACGUGGACGCAGGCAGACAGUACUACAAGGACUGCUACAUCGGCGGCACCAUCGACUUCAUCUUUGGCGACGCUGCUGUGGUGAUUGACAACCCCACCAUCGUCGUGCACAAGAGCAGCUCCUUUGCAACAACCACGGCGUCGGGCCGGGAGAGCAACACGCCAACGGGCAUUGUCAUUCGCACCCUCAUCUCCCUGUUCCUCCCUCUCCCACCACACUCAUCCCUCACACGCAGCUCGUUUGCAACCAUCACAGCCUCUUUUGCAACCAUCACAGCGUCGGGGCGGGAGAGCAACACGCCAACGGGCAUUGUCAUUCGUAACGCCAAGAUCUCGGUCGACUCUGGGGUCUCGGAGGUCUACCUGGGGCGGCCCUCUCCCCUCACUCAACCCCCCGUACCCCCCAUUCCGCCCUCCCCUCCCCCGUCUUCUCCGUUCAGCUCCUUCGCAACCAUCACGGCAUCGGGCCGGGAGAGCAACACGCCAACGGGCAUUGUGAUUCGCAACGCCAAGAUCUCAGUCGACUCUGGGGUCUCGGAGGUCUACCUGGGGCGGCCCUGGAAGGCGUGUGCUCGCACCGUGUUUGUUGACAGCUACAUGCCUUCUGAGUUGGAACGGGACGGCUGGAGCACGUGGGGGGGCGACAGCAAGGGCAGCUGUGUGUACUAUGCAGAGAAGGGCAGCACGGGGCCCGGCAAUGCGGCCAGCCGCGCAUCGUGGGUGCACCCCGGCAUUAUAUCCGAUGCGUCCCAGUUUGACCCCGAGCCGUUUGUCGACCUCAGCUCCUGGCUGGACGUCUCGGGGCAGAACCCCAAGUGGUGA